CGUGUAGACGUCUUGAACCAAAAACAACAAAAAAGCAGGAAACAGAGAAAGCAAAGUCGCAAAAGGCGAAGGAAAGAAAUGGCGUCGUUCGAUCAAGCUCCUCCCGGCGAUUCAAAGUCUGGAGAGAAGAUCUUCAAGACUAAGUGCGCUCAGUGCCACACCGUCGACAAAGGUGCCGGUCAUAAGCAAGGACCUAAUCUGAAUGGCCUGUUUGGAAGGCAGUCUGGCACAACCCCCGGGUAUUCUUAUUCUGCUGCUAACAAAAACAUGGCUGUUAACUGGGAGGAAAAGACGUUGUAUGAUUAUUUGCUGAACCCCAAGAAGUACAUACCUGGAACAAAGAUGGUAUUCCCUGGAUUGAAGAAGCCACAGGACCGUGCUGACCUUAUUGCUUAUUUGAAGGAAUCCACUUCACCUUGAAACAAACCUUUUUGCAUAUUCGAAGGUAUCACUUCACCCUGAAACAAAUAAAGGCAAAAUUAGACCAUCUAGGUCGGCCAUGCUCUUUGCACUAUGAGGACUCGCUAGUCAUUUUUUUUGGAAGAGGUUACUCUUUGGGGAAUGUAGCAUUUGAUUUAACUAGUUAAUUGACCUCAUGCUUGAUGAUAUGUUGGUGAAGCACCACUUCUUGCCAAUGAUAAAUUCUUUUUUGGAUUUUUAA